AAGAAGUUGAUUACAAAUCAACGUUAUUCUUAAAAAGCACAUUCUCUAUCAACACACUAUCACACUCUUGUCAGUGGAUAAAACAUGGUGAGGCUUGUACAUAAAGAGCAAGGUGAGAUUGCGAUGGACUACGUGAAUCUACCUGAGGCAUCAGCCAGGAGCAAUGUUCUGAAGAGUUGUUCUGGUAAGGCCGAUGGAGUGACUGCUGCAGUGCCUGGGAAGAAACUGUUCAGACUGGUUGGUGUGAGCUUUGGACUCUUGUGUAUCCUACAAGCUGCUCUCAACAUUUCCCUGCGUCUUACUCUCUACAGAUCUGACAGCAAGACAACAGAUGUAAAGACCUGCUGCAAAAACUUGACUGAAAAGAAUAACAAGCUGUGGCAAAAACUCAUUGAAUCUGAUCACUAUUUCCAAGAUGGAUGGGUGUAUUUCAGUCUCAGUCUCUAUUAUAUUUCUUCUACCAAGAAAUCUUGGCAUGACAGUAGAGAUUACUGUCUGCAAAGAGGUGCAGAUCUGAUGAUUAUCAACAGCAAAGAAGAACAGGACUUCACAAGAAAAUUCGACAGGCUCACAUGGAUAGGACUGACAGACAUUGAAACCGAAGGGAUGUGGAAAUGGGUGGAUGGCACUCCAUUGACCACAAGCUACUGGAACCCUGGGGAGCCCAACAGUUACGAAGGCAAAAAUGAAGACUGUGUGGAAUUAAAGUUCCACGAUGUGGAAAACAGCUGGAAUGAUAUACCAUGUGAAGACCAAAAUUUCUGGAUCUGUGAAAAGAUAAUAGCUUUAUAAUUCAGUAUAUGUAGCACUGCAAAGCUGAUAUCUGAGUGCACAAAUUCCCAUUGCACACAGUGCAGUACAGUAAAUUCUGGUGAUAGUCGUUCACAAUCAUCUGACUUUGUAUAUAUGAGUGUCUAAGGUGUACACAUGACUUUAGGGGAUAAAAGCCACUGAUGAUGUAUAUUGUGAAAGUAUUAUUUCCACAGAAAUUUAGAGUAUAACUGAGUGAUAUUUUUUGACAUAUGUCUAUAUUCAGCCUUCUGCUGAAGUGAUGAUUUAAGUGAUUUAUUUGUUAAAAGAAUUACUGUCCAAAUAUAAUAUUAAACCUUUGUUUUUCAUGUGA